CGGAGUCGCGGUCGUUUUGAGUUGAACCGCUUCUGCAACGCUUCUACGACUCGUCAACGUCUCUCGUCGUCGUCGAUCGUCACGCGAGACUCCACCACCGUCGAGGACCGACCGAGAGGGCGAGCGGCAUCUCCUCGGGGCAAGAACAUCAGAAGCGGAAGAUCCCUUGUCGUUCGAAGCAACAGAUAGAGAAAUGGCGAAUUUCCGUGGAUUUUACAUACCAUCCAUCGGAGCCACGGUCAACGUUGCCUGGGAGACUUUGAAGGCCAAAUGGCCGGAGAACAGUCCGUGCAUGGAGCUGAUCCGCGGUGGCGGCGGAGGCGGAGGCGGCGGCGGCGGCGGUGGCGGCGAAGGCAUGGGCCAAGGACGGACCGGUCAGGGUCAGUUUAAAUCAUUCGACGAGGGUGGCGAUAACACCGAGAUGAUGACGAUGAACGGGGAGCAGAUGUACCAGGAUCGAAACGCGGCGGUCGCCGAGGACUCCUUCAGUUACCAGAGGAACGGGGAUAAAAUCCGAGCCGGCAGCGUGAGUAGCGGCGAAUUCAGCGAGUACGACGAGGGUGGCGGAGAGUUCGGUGCUGCGGGGGUCAAGAUCAACGAAUGGCAGGCCGCCUGGAACGUUACAAAUGCUAUUCAGGGAAUGUUCAUCGUCUCUCUGCCGUUCGCCGUUCUGCGUGGUGGUUACUGGGCAAUCGCCGCGAUGAUCGGGAUCGCGCACAUUUGCUGCUACACCGGCAAGAUCCUGGUCGAGUGUCUGUACGAGCUAGACACGGUGACCGGGCAACGGGUGCGAGUACGAGACUCGUACGUGGCGAUCGCCAAGGAGUGCUUUGGUCCGACCUGGGGUGCUCGGGCAGUUAACAUUGCGCAGAUCAUCGAGUUGCUCAUGACCUGCAUUCUGUACGUGGUCGUGUGCGGCGACCUGAUGAUCGGCACGUUCCCCGAGGGCGCGAUCGAUACUCGCAGCUGGAUGAUGCUGAUCGGCAUUUUCCUGCUGCCGCUUGGCUUCCUCAAGUCGCUGCAGCACGUCUCCGUGCUCAGCUUCUGGUGCACGAUGUCUCAUCUCUUCAUCAACGCGAUCAUCAUCGGUUACUGCAUCCUGGAGAUCGGUGACUGGGGUUGGUCGAAGGUGAAGUGGACGAUCGACAUGGAGAACUUUCCCAUCUCGCUCGGCGUGAUCGUCUUCAGCUACACGUCGCAGAUCUUCCUGCCGACCCUCGAGGGCAAUCUCAUCGAUCGCUCCAAGUUCGACUGGAUGCUCAACUGGAGCCACAUCGCCGCGGCCGCGUUCAAGUCCCUGUUCGGCUGGAUCUGCUUCCUGACCUUCCAGAACGACACGCAGCAGGUGAUCACCAACAAUCUACACUCAGCCGGCUUCAAGGGCCUGGUGAAUCUCUGCCUGGUGGUCAAGGCCGUGCUCUCGUACCCGCUGCCGUAUUACGCCGCGUGCGAGCUUCUGGAGCGCGCCUUCUUCCGCGGCCGCCCGAAGACGAUCUUCCCGACCAUCUGGACGGUGGACCGCGAGCUCAAGGUCUGGGGUCUUGCCUGGCGGGUCGGCGUGAUCGUGUUCACCAUCCUGAUGGCGAUCUUCAUACCCCACUUCAGCAUACUGAUGGGCUUCAUCGGUUCGUUCACCGGUACUAUGCUGUCGUUUAUCUGGCCGUGCUACUUCCACCUGAAACUCAAGAGGAACUCGAUGGAACGGAGCGCCGUCGCAUACGACUGCUUCGUCAUCUUCCUCGGUAUCCUCUUCGGCGUGAUCGGCGUCUACGACUCCGGCUCCGCGCUCAUCAAUGCUUUCGAGAUCGGCCUGCCCUUCUGAACGGUCUGUCGCGCCGUUCAGGUCGCCUCGGGUCGUUCGUUGUUGUUCGUCUUCCACCGGUCCCCGAUCCUGAGACGCGUUCUUCUCGUUAGCGACGCGAGCAUCCUCGAGACACGCUGCGAAUUAGCAAUUAAUUAACGGCGAUUGAUGUCGCCUUGCCAAAUGUCCCAAAUGAUGGCAAACUACGAGAAUACUCUAUGAGCCUCGUGCGAAAUUACCUUCGAAAACGUGUCUCCCCAGGCAAGAGACGCGCCGAAGACGCGUCGGCAGGUCGAGGCUCGGCUAGGUCGCGUGUUCCAGCAGAGCCGCGACCAAUUAGCUCGACAAUUUUGCAUUAUGUGUACUACCUACUUUCAAUCUCAUCGCGUUCACGUUUCCGUGUUGUCUUUUUGCACGUUGUCGCGUCCCCUUCGGGCGCCGAAACUUCCGUUGAGACGAUUUUCGUUCGAACGACGCGAGCGCAAAAGCAUCCUCGUCUUCCCACUUCGCACAGCAGAGUCUCUCGCUCGUUUAUUCGCGGCGGCCGCAACGACCGAAUUCCAACAUGGCGAUUGUUUUUUCCACUUGUUCCGGGAGCUUUGUAGAUAAAAAAAAACGAGACGUAGAUCUAGCGCGCGCGCGCACGCGCGCGCGGUUAAAACGUGGCGGUAUUCCACAGAGGUUUACAAGAAGUGCACCUUCCGCGAUGUCUUCCAUACGAUGCAGUUGCAAGGAGAGCGCAGCCUAACUAACUUACAUAGUUGACUACUGUUAUCGUAUUUUGGAUUUUAUAAUUGUACUCGCGGCCGUGCUGUCAUUUUCGCACGGCGUGUUGAAUAGUUAGUCGCGACGGCGCGGCGCGCGAUCGAUUCGCCGACCCGGGUGUGCCCUUCGAUAGAUGCUUCCAGGACGCGCCGUGUUUCCAAAACCGCGUGAGCCGCCGGGUUUGCGCGAUGAAAAGGCAAUGGGACGUGCAUUGUGCGACGGGUGUUUGGAUCAUUUGGCCGAAAUGUUGGGUGUCAAAGACGCACACCUUCGUGAGAAAUUGUCACCGAGAAGAGGAAAGCAAGACACGACCCAGUCAGAACCAUGACGUUAAUUUGACAUUGAAAUGUUUGAUGAAACGUUGAGGCAACGUUAAUUCAACUCUCAUCGACGUCGAAUCAACAUUGUGUUUCUGACUGGGGAUGCGAUUCGGUGCGACAGAGCGCACCGAUUCUAAGCGAUUUGCGAGUCACGCUCGGUAUGAAGCGCCCAUAAAGUACAAAAGUUGCAGCAACAUUGCUGCGAUAUUGCAACGUUGCAGCAAUAUUGCUGCAACUUUCGUGCUGUAACGACGGGUGCGUACAGUACCGCAGCCGCUCGCUCCAAGGCCAAGUUCAUCUUUUCCACGCUUUUGCGUGGAGAGCGUCAUUCUGCCUUUGUCGCUCAUUAUACAUGCCGAAGGGAGACAGAACGAUGCUCUCAGCACGAAAGCGUGCAAGACGAAAUUGCAGGCGAAGCCUAAGCGCGUAGUGAACUCUCGCGUCUGAUCGAUGUAUAUUUUGAAAUCUGAAGGGAGAUACGAAUUUCAGACGGUAAAUGCAACCAGUUGCGAGGGUCUCCUCUUCUCGCCGUGCGGUUCUUCACGAGAGAGCCCAUGAGGUUUCUCAUCGCGAGCGAGUAAUCUGUCGGACGCGUUCUUCCAGAGCUCGGGAGUAAUGCCCGCCGUGCCGUUCGCCCGUCGAAUGUUUAACAGGACAGGCGAGAGAAUGCACCGGCGACAGUCAUGUACAUGUGCAACCGAGUACAAUUAGCCGUUUAAUCCAACGUCUUCCGAGAUCUAACAGAGAUACGUAUCGUUAGAUCGCACGUUAGUUUAAGGAGCGAGUAUAAGCAGACGUAGAGAGACGCCCCGUGAGAACGCUGCGGAAUGCUCCGGCGACUGUCCGAGGGAGAACGGGAUUAGACUCGAGAGACAAUAAUUAUACGGAUAAUAAUCGUUAAUAAGGUGCAGAUUCCCGUAGACGUUUAGAUACCAUCGACACGCUACCCUAACAGCACAGAUGUCCAGAGGACGUCUAAAGUACGUCUUAAGGACGUCCUGGGGACGUUUCUUCACUCUCAGGACGUCCAUAGGACGAUUAUGUGCUGUCUGGGUAUAGACCCCGUUCGUCCCAGACAGCGCAAACUGCUAAGAGAGGUCUUGAGUGUGUUUGAACGAAGAAGUAGUCUUUUAGACGUCUUUGAGACUUUCUGAAGUUUGGGUCGUCUGGGUUGCUGGAUGUACCAAGACUCCCGUACACACACACACAUACACACAUACACACACAGACACACACAUACACUCAUGCGAAUCCUUCGAUCCGAUUAUUCCUUUUCGGGAAUUCUUGAACCUGACCGUUCUUCCUCGCAGCAUCGACGAGCGUUCCACAGGCAUGGGCGAGUAACGAUCGUGAAACGAGUCUUCCAAUAAUGUCUUCCAGAUCGAUCAUGUCGCAAUCGAGAUGAUAACAAUAAUAUAUAUAAAUAUAUACAUACAUAUAUAUAUAUAUUAACAAUAACGAUAAUAAUGUAUCACUAUUUAUUGAACAAAGGUUUUUUGUCGGAUAAUAUAUCGAACAUCAUAUCGAGAGUUGUAGGCGUUAAGCGUUAACACUUAAGGCUACGGUCAUGGCAUAAUUGAUGUUUCAUAUCAAUGAGUAUAUCGAUGACACACAAUGUAAGUAAUCGCGCUGUUUCACGAAAUCAAUUUAGAACGUUAACGAGGGAUCAUCUUCUUUGUAUUGACAAUAAUUAUCAGAAAAAUGGUCAGAGAUGAGUGUUAUACUUUGGAAUCCUCUUCGCGGUGACGACAUAGAUGCAAUAUGGCGGGAAAAAAA